CAACAAUUCAGUGUGUUUAUUCCCUCGCAAUUGGAUCGUGUGCAUGAUUAAGUGGGUGAUCAGGUAGCUUGCGAGUAGUGUGUGGUGAGAUCGUGAGAAAAUGAGUAGAUUUGAGAUAGGAAUCACGCCAACACGGGUGACGCUUGCCCGGAAGCGUGAUGAGGCACGAGAGGAGACGCUGGUCACCAUGGCGCCCUUUUCGGCCAAAUCCACUGUCAUGUUUGAUGAGAUUCCAGUUGGAAAGGUCGCUCGGCGUGUCCUUCUCGUGGAGAAUCCCACUUCGGUGGAGAGUAGAAUCCUCGUGACGAAGACUUGCAAGCCCGAGUUCUGCAUCGCCCUGGAGUGGACGGAUGCCGUGAUUGAGAGUGCGGGCAAGAAGACGCUGGAGAUUACUUGGAGCCCGCCAAAAGCGGUGGCUUGUCGGGAGGUUAUUCAAUUCACGGACAGUCGCGGCUUCCGGAAGGACGUGGCGGUGGUUCUGAAGUCCGUGGAGCAACGGAAGGGGGUGAAGAAGCCCCUAAGGGCUAGUAAUGCGCCUCAGAUGAAGAGGACAAAGACCAAAACUCCCACUCCACCUCGUCGCGUCGGCCGGAAGGUGCUCAUCUCGCCUGAGGUGGUCAUCAAGUACAAGUCCAAGUCUCCGCGGCUCCGGAAGAUGAUCUCGCCGACAAAGAAGCCCCGUGACAGUGUGAAGAACAAGGAGAAUCAGCUGCCAGUGACUUCUCCCAACAUUUCCACUCUUUUUGAUCAGAUCAACUUCACUCCAGUCGCUGUGACCAAGAAGCCGGAUGCCAACGACAUCGACUACUUGGCAUCUCUGCCGACACCUGUUGCUGGAGCGUCAGGCGUGCAGCGCAGAUUUGAGUGGUCUCCAGAUGAAUACGACUCCAUCCAGUCAUCCGUUCAGCAAUCCAUCCAGCCCAGGCAGCUGCUCCAGAUUCCUGAGGUGCAAGACUGUUCUCGUCUCAGCACGGAAACCUAUGUCAAGGGCGCUUCCAACUCCAAGGACUCCUUCGAAGACUGCCCGGAAAUGGGUCUGGAGGAGCACGUUCCGGAAAUCCACAAGACCUUCGAUGUCACCAAGAGAAUUGAGACACAUUAUGAAAGCACGGAGCAUAUAUCUCGCCAAGUGGACAACAUCGUGCUGACGCCACUCAGGAAGAUCAUCGCGUCUGAGUCGAUGAAGAACUUGAGCGGACAGAGCAAAGAACAGGAGUUUCUCAAGCUUAAUCAAGGCUCUAUGCCGAACUUGCAUGAGAUAGAGAACAUCAACUCAAUUGAGAGUAAUAGAUAUUUCUUCUCUGGAAGUGAAGUGGAAACUCUAAGUGUGAAUGGCGAGAGGCCAUCAACGAUUGCUUUUGACGCCAAUGAAAUCCGUGCUCAGUCUAGUCGAAUGAAUCUUCAUGAAGUUGAGCCUGAUGUGAGUCCAAUUGCGCAAGUUCGUGAGGAUUUGUUCAAAGUGCCAGUGCUUAAGAGACGCAAUGAUCACAUUGCGAUGUCGAAUAUCGAAGUGAGGAGUUCUCUGAUGACACUUUCGCCGCCCAAGAAGUACCGUCCGGAUGAUGUGUGUUCCACCAGAGCUUCCAGUGCUGAUGGAUUGUCUAUGAAGUCGUGGUCACGCUAUCAACCCAAGAAACUCAAACCUCUGGUGCUCGUGAAGCCGAAGAGGAGCGUGACGCCGAAGAAAGAGGAUCGCGAAGUGACUCAGAUCUACGAUGUGAAUGUUCUGAGAUAUGUGAAUCCUGAUCCUUUCGCUGCCACCAUGACCGCUGAUCCGUUCCUCUCGGCCACGGUGUUUCUGGAUGAUGAGGCAGUGGAGAAACUGGAGAAGCACUUCAAGAAAUGGCUGAAUGCUCUUGUAACAGUGCCAGAGGAAUUUGAUGGCGCGGACCAGAAAAUAGACGUUGCUCGUCUGUUUAAUGAAGUGAAGAAUAGGGAAUUGACUUUGGCCCCCACGAAGGAGAGUGUUUCAGCGAAGUAUUUCAUAAAGUAUCGCUUGGAGAAUCUGCGAAAGGCGGCUUCUGAACUGUAUCAGAGACAUGAAAUCCAGCAUAUUCUCUCACAUGUAACUGUUUUGGUGGAGAAGAAGCAACUCACCAUUCAGCAAAAUCGCGAUUUACACAAAGAUAUCGCUCUGCAGCGACAAAUACUGGAGCUGAUUUUCUGCUUCAAUCCAUUGUGGUUGCGAAUUGGCCUGGAGGUGGUGUUCAAUGAGAAAAUAGAGUUGACUUCCAAUCGUGACAUUCAUGGACUGACAAAUUUCAUUCUCAAUCGUCUGUUUCGCAACAAGGCGUUGGAGAAGAAGUCCAACCGCAGCUACAUCUUCACUGCUGAAUAUGGGAUGAAGAUUAAGAAAUUUGCACUGAAGCAGCUGUACCUUCUAAUCUUCUUACUUGACCGAGCGAAGCAGGAGCGCAUCAUCAGGCACAAUCCGUGUUUGUUUGUGAAGGGAGCUCGUUGGAAGGAGUCCAUGGAGAUUAUGACUCAAGUUUCGUCACUCCUUGUGACCAAUGUUGGUGACAUAUUGAGAUACCUAAAGCGGAUUGGAUAUGUGUUGGAACAUAAGCAGACAUAUCUUGACGAAUUUAAUUAUGCCUUCAGCAAUUUGGCCACAGAUUUGAGAGAUGGCAUUCGCCUUACGAGAGUAAUGGAAGUGAUACUAAUGAGGGAGGAUUUGUCGAGAAAUCUGCGUUAUCCUGCUAUAUCGCUUCUGCAGAAGCGACACAAUGCCGAUGUGGCACUGUUGGCACUCUCGGAGGCGGAAUUUGAGAUUAUUGGCAAUAUCACGGGAAAGGAUAUUGCAGAGGGACAUCGUGAGAAGACUCUGUCGCUUCUCUGGCAGAUCAUUUACAAGUUUCGUGCACCAAAAUUCAAUGCUGCCGCUAUGACAAUUCAGAGAUGGUGGCGGAAUUUAUCGCUGAAAGUGACCAUCCGGCGGAGAAUCGCCUACAGGAAGGAGAUUGUGCGUCAUCGCGCUGCCACGGUGAUCCAGAGUGCCGUGAGGGGUUAUCUCACGAGGCGGGCCUACAGAGAGUACCGAGAGGAGCGCAUUGUGGCUACGAUAGUGAUUCAGACAUACUAUCGACGUUUUGCUGCACAGAAGAAUUAUGCGAGAAUUCGCUGGGCGGCACUCACUGUCCAGCGUCGGUGGAAGUCUGUCCGUUUGAUGAGGAGGGAGCGUGCCAUGUUCCUCGAGACACGUGCGGCCGUCAUGAGAGUCCAGCGAUGGUUUCGACGCGUGAGUGUGGCGCGGAGACUGGAGGCGGUCGCCAGGGUGGCUGAUGAGUGUCGCAAGGAGAGAAAAUUACUCAACGAGAGUGCCAUUGUCAUUCAGAGGGCAGUCAAAUCUUAUUUCAUCCGAAAGCGACUACGUGACACUGUGGAUAAGGUGGUGAAAUUCAAUCGACAGCAGAAAUUGGAGUAUAACGCCGCCACAGCCAUACAGUCCGUGUGGAGGAUGAGACGCGUGAGGAGGCACUUCGUCACUCUCAGAGCUGCCACAAUCACUAUUCAAGCAUCUUGGCGACGGUGUCAAUUGGCCAAGACAGAGCAUAGCCAAUUUCUUAAACUCAGAGCGGCUGCUGUUAACAUUCAGCGUCAAUGGCGUGCACAACUGGCCAUGAAGGAGCAGAAAUUCCAAUUUUUGAUCAUAAAACAAGCUGCUUUGCUCAUUCAGCGACGCUUCCGCGCACGUCAAGCUAUGAAAAUGUCCAGGCAUAAAUUUCAAAGCUUAAAGAAGAGUACAAUAAUCGUACAACGUAGAUUCCGCGCCAAUCUCGCCAUGAAGCGGGCCCGAGAAGAAUUUGAGUGCCUCAAGAUAGCCACUCUAGCAAUCCAAAGGCGUUACAGAUCCAAGAAGUUGAUGUUAAAGUAUCAGUUUGAUUUCAUCUGUCUCAAAGAGUCCGCAAUCACUAUUCAGAGUUUUUUCCGUGGAUAUUUGCUAAUGAAGACUCAGAGGAAGGAAUUUGUACAGCUCAGAAAGGCCACGAUGAUUUUGCAGAGCCGCUUCAGGGCUAAUCAAUUGAUGAAGCAUCACAAAUCUCAGUACCAGGAAUUGAAAAGAGCCACUCGAGUAAUUCAAGCUCGAUUCAGGGCAAAGAGGAUUAUGAAGGCCAUUAGAGGGGAUUUUAUGCAGAAAAAGCAAGCAGCUUCUGUGAUUCAGGGACGUUUUCGAGCGACGAGACUGAUGAAAAGCCAGAGAUUGGAGUUUAUCAAGUAUCAAUACUCCACUACGGUCAUCCAGAGAUAUUUCCGUGGCUGGAAGAUGAUGAAGACUGAGAGGCAGAAGUUUUUGCAAAUAAAAUCUGCUGCUGUGAUUAUUCAGACUCGUUUCCGUGCACAGAAGAGUAUGAAGAAAUUACGAGGGGAAUUCUUGAAACAGAAGAAGGCGGUUAUCUGUAUUCAAAAUUGGUGGAGAUCAACUGUGGCUGGAAGGGAAUGCCGAGAAAAUUUCAUGAACCUGCGAAAAAGUACUGUUACGAUUCAGAGAUUGUUCAGAGGAAAGCUAAUGAUGAGAAAACAUCGAAGUGAUUUUCAGACACUCAUGAAAGCUUCUGUUACAAUUCAACGAUCUUGGAGAGCAAAGGUGGCAAUGAAGAAGUGUCGUGAGGAAUUCUUGCAGCUUAAGAAUUCUGCAAUCGUCUUCCAGAGAAGAUUCCGCGCUAAGAAAGCGAUGGUUGAACGCCGAAUGGAGUAUUUGAAGAUGAAAUCUGCCGCUGAGAUUAUUCAGAGGAAAUGGAGAGCCACUGUUGUGGCCAGGAAGCAGAGAGCAGAGUAUCUGAAGUUGAAGAAUGCAGCGGUGAUUAUUCAGAGAAGGCUUAGAGCUACUCUCAAGAUGAAGGAAUGUCGUGGGAGAUUCAUCCAAGAAAAAACUGCUUGUGUACGCAUUUCAAUACGCUGGAGAGCUGUUCUUCUGAUGAGGCAAGAGAGAAGGACAUAUCUUGAGCUACGUGAGCGUAUUGUUUGCCUCCAGAGUCAAUGGCGGGCUGUUUUGAAGAUGAGACAGGUGAAAAAGGAGUACGAAACUCUGAAAACGGCUACGAUGACUAUUCAGAGACGAUUCCGUGCGAAUCGGGUCAUGAGAAUUAUCAGGAAGGAGUAUUCAGCUCUCAAGGAUGCGUCAAUUGUGAUCCAACGACGCUUCCGUGCCCGAAAACUGAUGCUCGACACUCAGAGUGACUUCUUGGCGCUGAAAGAAGCCACCAUUAUGAUUCAGAGGCGAUUCCGUGAGAAGAAACUGACUGAAAUCACUAGAAAGUCCUUCCUUGUGCAGAAGAAUGCUGCAAUCACUAUCCAGAUGCACUUUAGAAGUUUCCUCGAAAUGCGAAGACACCGGGAGGAAUAUAGGAAACUGAGAGAAGUCACUGUAAAUCUGCAGAGAAAAUAUCGAGCCCAUUUGCAGAUGAAGAAAAUUCGCUGUCAAUAUCUUCUCAUAAGAUCUCUAGUUAUUUGUCUUCAGCGGAAAUUCCGUGCUAAAAUUGCCAUGAAAGGCAUUAGGAAUGACUAUAUGACUCUAAAGCGUGCUGCGAUAUUUGUCCAGCGGAGAUUCCGGGAGAAAUUGUCAUCCAGAAGGCUGAGGGAGGAGUUUGUGGCGUCCAAGGAGAAAAUUGUGAAGAUUCAAGCUCUUGCUCGUGGAUUUCUGGCCAGGAAGCGCUUUGCCGCGAUGAUGUCUCCGGAGGCAAUUGAGAUGCGUCGUCGAGUGAAGGCGGCAAAAACCAUUCAGGCCGUCUGGCGUGGAUAUGUGACGCGCAAGAAGAAGCAAACGGCGUCUAUGAAGGAGAUUGUCGAGAAGAUCGUACACACAAGGAGGAAUGCUAAGCCCACGGACACCAUAAGAUACCAUCUUCGUGUGGCGAUGCGUGUGCUGAAGGGAAGCUUCGCUGUGGCAGAACUGAAACGUGUCCUCGCGAAGAUGGAAAAUCUAUCUCGAACUGUUCCACACAUCUUGAUUCCAAAUGCUCGUUUUGUGGCAACUUUCUGCUGCUCUGUAAUGGCAGAAGCCAUUCGUUCUGAGCCGCAUAAGCUUCUGAUUGAGAGUUGUGCCCGAGUUAUGCUGAAUUUAGCUCGAUAUGAGCACACAGUGGAGAUUGUUUUCCUGCCGAAUGCUUUCACCAUCAUUGCACAAAUGCUGCUUCGCUGGUGUGACAAGCAAAGUGGGAUUUUUAACACACUCUGCACGCUGAUUUGGGUGUUCAUUCAGGAUCCCAGGAAGAAUGAAAAAAUCAGGGAAUUCAUGGUCACGCGCGAUGCAUUGUUUAUGGCGCGAGAGAUUAAGAAAUUGGUGUUGAGGAAGGAGAACAUGAAGAGAAACACCCAGCGAGUGUCAGAACGCGGUCAAGUCGAUCAGCAAUCACUGAGGAAAUUGCCAAGCCUCAAGCCCGACUAUGGCGUCAUCAGGAAUCAGGUGUACGUGUUCAAUUGCUCCAUCUUUGCCUUUGAUACGAUUCUCAGUAAAAUGGACAUUAAUCUCAUGCCAUAA